AUGUCGAUCGCUUCCCUUGCUCCAGCUAACAGCAAGAAGUCAAGAACGACGGCUCUCAACUCCUUCAACGCGUUCCUCGAAUGUGAGAACGUAACAACCGACGCCGCUCAUAAGCUUAUUGGCGCCGACAAGACCGGUAAGGUGCUGAAAAUCAUGUUAGAUAAGUAUGCAUACUCCCUAGCUAGAUCGACAGACAAAGUGUUAUCAACAAAUACGUGUCUUGCGUAUUUCGGAAACGUGAAAAACUGGUUGCUGGAUAAGUAUCCACAACAGGGAGCAAUCGUGAAACCACAGCUGCAAAAAAUCCUGUCUGGGCUUGGAAAGUAUUGCAGCAACCGCGAGGACGGUGCGCUGGAAAAGAUGGCCACACCGUGUUCCAAACAAGAUCUAGAAAAUAUAGUUCGACUGCUGUAA